AAAAAAAAUCCGUGCACGGAGUCCGAUGGAGGAAGCGUGGGAUCAAGAACCCGGCGGGUGGUUGGGCAGGCGGUCCACCGCGGGCGACGCUCCGUUGCUGUGGCAGGGUUCCCGGUGGAGAUUGCGCUGGCAGCACAGCGUAACUACAUCAUCCACCUGUUCCGGUCUGGAUUCUUCCCGAAGAAAUCUGUCGUGAGGAUUUCUUGGAGGAACAAACCUAGCGACCAUUUGUUGAUCAGCCGUUAUCUCUCGUGGCAUUUCGCUCGACGCUCGAAACACUCCGCGCAUUCGACACUCGACCGAACUGCUUGAUCGAGUCCCUAAUCCGCCGGUUGAUAUUGGUAUAUUGAUUGACAGCGUGGCGGGCAAACGAUAGCCCCAGGCCGCUAAGGAUGAAGUUAUCUGGGUGGAUCUCGGCCACAUUCCUCGCCUCGACCGUUUUAUCGAUAGAAACCCUCCCGUUCUCUCCUCCCGAGACGCCAGAAUCCGGCAAAGGAGCAUAUGACAUUCUCCUGCGGUUGCUGAAGCGAGAUGGCGACUGUCCGGCCGGGUAUAAUGCCUGCAGCAACAUGGAUAAAACCGACAUCUGCUGCAGGCAGGGCUCCAAGUGUGCUCGUGACGAAGCCGAUAACAUCGCCUGUUGUCCGACCGGAGCAAGCUGCACGGGGAGUCUAACUGGAGGAUCUGGCGGCGGCGGAGCGUCCAGCACGAGCUUUCGAUUCCCUAAAACCGCGACUGCGACGCAGACGACCGCUCCGAACGACGCUACCAUCACCGGCUCAACAAUGCCCGGCGCUUAUCCGUUCGUCUACGUGCCGACCUCGUUUUCGAAUGCCGGAGUCUGCUCGUCGUACUAUUCCCGGUGCGAAAGCGACUACACGGGAUGUCUCUCGGAGCUGGGAGGGGGCUACGCAGUCACAGUCGGCGGCGGCGGCGCGGGAGUCACUCGCGAGGGCGGCUCCAAACCGUCCGCCGUUUCUACCUGUUCCAGUCUGAGCCAGGAAGCCUGCCACGGACUCAAUCUGGGAUACUGCGAGACGUAUCAUACCCAGACCGAUGACGAGAGCCGAGCCAACACGGGACGCACCACCAGUCUACAGGACCUCAUCUUCGGCGUGGUCAUUGGAGCGGCCGGAAUGCUCGUGUGAUGCUUGACGCCUUAUUCUUUUCGCGUUUUUCGAAAUGAAUGUGCGAUGUGGAAAUAUUUCCUUUUUUUUUCCUUCUUCCCCGACGUUUCCGAGGCGCAUGUUUCACUCUCUAAUUUUAUUGGGUGUACAUUUGUGCCUUUGAACCUUGCAUAUGGAUAAUGGGUUACUGAACGAUGACGAUGCUAUGUUUUGCGGAUUACGGAAAGAUUGUAAAUCUAUCACUGUUGCCAUGUUUUUAUUAUAUUUUUUUUUUGUACAUAGGAGAAUUAGCAGACCAACCGAACGAGCAAAUACUAUUUAUUUCUUGC